CUUGUUUGCACGCCCGUACGUACGAACGAACGAUGUUUGCCGAACGGGUCCUUCGUCGAUAAUUCGCCAGGUCAAAGAAAUGGCCCUGGGUGACGUACAAUGCAUCGAGUGUGUUUGGGAGUCAGAUUUGGAUCAGGCGCUAAGAUAUGGCUUUGUACCAAUUUUGUUUUAAUAGCAUUAUCAGUUUUGAUUUGAUCAAUUUGAUCUGGAGUAUCAACAAAAUCCUUGUGAUUGAUAAGCAAAUGUUUUGUCUAACAGUUUGAGGUUCUUCCCUGCCGUAUACAAACAAUCACUCUCGCCCAAUGUAUCUAGGCCCAUGAAAGGCCGAACAACUGGCCCGUAUGUUGGCUGGCGAGUUUACAGCGAGAGGACGGAAAAUAAUAACGAUUAGUUCACCGUUGGCACCCGUUGGAUUGCCUUGAGAUGGGUAGGGUCAAGGCGUGACUUUUUCCUUUUCCCACCUUCCCAUCCAUCAAGACCCCAUCAGGCCCCACACGCUCGUCGUUACUGCUAGAGCACUCCCACACGAGCAAGCGCGAGUGUGCGAGAGCGGUUCGCCCCUACUAGUUGACCAUAGCAGUGUGGUCGUCAAAAAGAGUCCUGGCUGGAAGCACCCAAAGAAAAUGAGUGGCAACGGGGUAGAGCCGGCAGACCCCAGCUGAGCGGGACUUGGGUCGGUUUAAUUUAUUUUUAGCGACCUAAAGCUAGUAAGACGUCGGCUGACUGACGAAGGUCCAGAUUUAGUACCGCUUCAGCGGUCCAGCGCGAAGCAUGUGUCCUGCUGGGACAUACCGUCGGACUGCGUGAGUGAGAACGGCUCGUACAAUUCCACCUUGGCGCGUUGUGGCGAGUUGUCGUGCCGGGAAUCCACUCUUGCUUCACACUGCAACCCCACGUGUUCGAAUGAAGUGAUAAACGGUUCAGUGGUGGUUGGUGAUUCUGUAGCGUGGACGUACACCGCCUAGCGUGUUCUGCCGAAGGAUACUAACGUGGAGGGGCAUUAUCCUUAUCCUGCACGUGGCACCAUGCGGACCAAUAUCCAAUGUGUAUUGUGUAACGGUUUACCAGUGUUCUUCUGAUUACGUUAUCAGGGCAAUAAAUCGAAAUUUAAUAUCCCCCAACUGGGACCCGUGUAAUCUUCCUGGUCGUUCAAAAACGUCGAUAAUCUGUGAAACGCUCGUAAAGCUCGUACAGCAGCAUUUACGACCCAACCGCCAGCUCUUUUAUCAUUCAAUUUUCACCGAAUGAUCAAAUAUUAAAGUGAUAACUGAUGGCUCGGCUGUCUGUACGGCACUGGCCGGUGACAUUUCGAAGGCUCCCAUGUUUACGGUGGUUCGAAAUAGAAAUGUGGAUAUAAAUAGUGUUUCAAUUCAACGCCUCCGACACCUUGCGUGUCCACCGUGUGCUGUUAGAAUUAUAAUUUAGUGUUUAUUGCCAUCUGGACGAAUUGUCCCUUUCAGCAACUCUCAAAAUGGUGCGCCUAAAACACCGACAGCAUGGACCUGCCGCAAGGUCCUACGGUGGCAACUAUUUGGAUUGGAAUGUCUUUGUGUCCGAGCCGGAUAUACCUCGAUUAAGGCAGAGAACCGGAAGCUGGUGGUACGCGCAGGACCGAACAUCCGUUAAGCAUCCACACGAGUACAUCACUGUAGACGAGCUAAACUGCUACCGGAAGCGAAAGUUUUCACAAAAUCACGCUAAACACCUGGGAAGUAACUUUUCGUUGUACAACAAAUCGGAGCCCUCGCUACCGUCGGCAGUUGAUAAGCAAGUUACAGAGUACGUGGACCGAUUUCAGCGCCGAGCGGCCUACGAACGAGCAGUUCCAUUGAGACGUAGCACCUCGCUACACAUUGAACCAGGCACGAUGAAGGGAAUAUCCGAGAACCAUUCCAAGUUUGUCAGCUAUUCGCAGGACACGAUCGUGAAAUCUCGACCACCUGCAAUCAGACCCGAAGAAAGCUUCAAGCUUCCGGAGAAUGGACUGCGCGGUACCGGACUUGCCAAUGCGUUUUCAGAGUAUAAGUCAUCAUUCCUGCCGUACGAUUUUCUACCGGCAGGCAUGGAUCAACGGUACCGCAAUCGAAACAAGCGCAAAGAAAAGGAGAAACGAGACGAUCUGAGCGCGUCCGAUUCGAAGCUGCACAACAAAGAACAGCUAACCCGCAGCAAUCUAAGACUGACCGGCGAAGCCACGUUCGAGCCGGAAUACAAAAGCCAGUUUGCACUUCCGUUGGCAGCGGACAAGUCACGUUCGACGCCACAGCUGAACAACAUUGCAUUUACCGGCAACUUCCGUGAGGCACCGUCGGAGUACAAGGAGUGUUACAAAUACUACGACCACUUCACCAAGAGCGCUCCGAUUCGCAAGUUUGAUAACCUAAGUCUGCACGGAACGAUCGAGUUCCGGCCCGAGUACAAGGAAAGCUAUCGAGAGUUACCGACGGGUGGGGCUAGCGAUCAAUGGCGUUCGCAGUGUGUAGUGCGCAAGGACAAUCUGUCGCUCAAGGGCGAUUUUCUUGGACGUGAGGCCGAGUACAGCUACAGCUUCAGGGACCCCCACAUUACGGUCAAACCUGAGAAGGCCAAACCGAAGGACAACUUUCUUGCCAUGCAGGGUGCCAUGGACUAUACUCCGAUGUAUCGCUGCUCUUACGUGGACUAUCCUCGUACGAGACCGUUGGUGAAGAAGCCGGUGUGCAGCAUCAAUCUGGAGGAUGUUUACGAGAAACCGCCACAGCGUCGUCUGAGUCGCCGUACGCCGUCUCCCAUCAAGUAUAACGUUCAUGCCGCUCCCACCGAUAGUACCAAGCCGGACGUAAUAGACAAGUUCAUCUCGCAGCCCGAAUAUCGGAAAGCGCAGCGGGAGCUCAUGAUCAAGAAACGAUCACCGCCCAAAGAACGUGGCAGUCUGCUGGCGCAGAAGAUACUCCAGGACAGUAAGCUUACUACCGAUCCAACGCAACCAAUACAGCCGGUUCCGGUGGUACACGUAGAAAAUGUCGGUGGCGGAAGCAGUUCCACAGCUACCACGAACGACGGGACAGUGGCUACGGGCAAGACUGUCGCUUCUACCACCGGCGGCGUAGGUGUAAAGGAUGCUAAAGCCGGCCUAAGGGCAGGCAGUCCAGUGCAAUUACCGGUACGAAUAGCGAAGCAUGGCCGACGCGCCAAAUCGCCCAUCAUUGCCAUUCAGCGCGAAAAUGAGCCAAUCAUUUUCUACAAAGAUCUACACCGAAAAGGCGAUCACAGUGUGCGCAAUCGUACGAAGGUAAUCGAGGCGAACCCUUCCUAUCGCAAAGCCACGUACCAGCCGCCGCCGUACGGACACAAGAAGCCGGGAGAGAAGGUUAAAACGGGGACACAAUCGUUCGUCGUGCUAAAUGCUCCGGCCAAGCAGCGGUCUACCCGAUGGGCUGAACCGGCCACUAUUUACGAUUCACAUUUCUACUAAACAAUAAUCUAUUGGUGUCUGUAUGUACGACUGUAUGUAUCCGGAUAUAUAGGCCCAGGAAUCGGACCAUGCUGGUUCACUUUGUUUACCCUUUUUUCAUGCUAGUCGAUUUUAAGGGAGACCCUGAGAAUAAAAGGCCUUGUGUCGAAAGUUACACAACAUUGUAACAACCUGGGCAUGAGCUUCUUGUCUUCCAUUCUUCCGUAGUCCUUAAAAUCGUAAGCCCAACGCACAAAAGAGCACUAAUACCUUUGUUAUUUCGGAUAAGAGUUAUGUCUAUGGCUAUGCA